CCCACACUGAAGCAUCAUGAUGUCCAGAGCAUCUCUCUCCAUUCUAGCCCUGCUGCUCGGCUUCUCGCAAGCUCUCUAUCUCACCCAACCUGAGCAGGAGGACUUCACAUCAAAGAUUCUCGACGUCAACCACGGAUCCAGUGAACCGUUGCUGGAGGGAGACAUACUCUUGCCAGGAAUCAAGAACGCUCUGGUCUGCCCCGACGGCAGCUGCUUUUGGAAGAAGUCCUCGAAUGGCUUGGUGGAGGUGCCUUACACAUUGAGCUCUGUUUUCUCUUCCUCUGACAAUACUGUAAUUGCCAAUGCCAUGGCCACCUUCCACAACAAAACCUGCAUUCGUUUCAUCUCCAGGACAAAUCAAAGUGACUACCUCAGCAUCGAGAGCAAAGACGGUUGCUACUCUGACGUGGGCAAAUCAGGUGGCGCUCAAGUCGUCUCCCUCAGCCAGUUGGGUUGUAUUUAUUACGGUGUCGUCCAGCACGAGCUGAACCAUGCACUCGGGUUCUACCACGAGCAUGUUAGAAGCGACCGUGAUAAUUACGUCACCAUCAAAUGGAACAACAUCGACCCAACCAUGACGUCUAAUUUUAACUUGAAGAACACCAACAACCUCAACACGCCGUACGACUACUCCUCUGUGAUGCACUAUGGAAGAACAGCUUUCUCCAUCAACGGUCUGGACACCAUCACCCCUAUUCCCGAUCCUUCGGUAAAGAUUGGACAGAGACAAGAGCUGUCCAAUAUUGACGUCCGGAGGAUCAACACUCUCUACAAGUGCUGA